AUGGCUACAAAUGGCCAGCCAUCUCGCUCCGCAAACGGUGUUCCACCAUGGAACCCGGCUGUCUUGCUGCAACCAAACCACAGAGCUGCUUCGAGCCCAAACCUUGCAAACGCCGCUCAUGGCCAGUUCUCACCUUCUCCCUUGCAGCAGGCUCAAAUGUACCAGCAACGACCUCAAAUGAGCAUGAACAGCAACAACAGCUCCAUGGUCUUUCAGUUCUCCAGUCCUAAUGACACUCCGUCUGCUGGUCCCUCUAGCCGGUCCUCCACUCCAGGCAGUUAUGCAAAUGGAUUCAACGGCACGGGUAACUUUAUUGAGCGCAUGAAUAAUGUUCAGCAUCGCUCUGUGGUUCCACAGCCAAAGCGACGGAGAACCGAAGAUAGCGAUGGGGUGCACCAAUUUAUGACUCCCCAAGGCCACGGGGGAGGUGGAAUUCUGGGCCAGUACGUCACGGAUAAACGUAAGGAAGCUAAUAGUGCAACUGCUUCUCCCUCCAUGAUGACAGUUGAUCUUACCAGUGGAAAUGAUGACGAUGAGGUUAUCGUACAGGAUCCUCGAGAAGAAGAAGUAUGCUACGGAAUGAUCAAGGCUCGUUUGGGCUGCUCUCGAGUUCCCUCGCCCAAGCCGGGCGCCCAAAGUAUCUGGGGUCCAAACUACCAACCCGCAAUCAAAGUUGUGCUCAAGCGACAGAUUAAUGAUACGUCGCUUAAGAUACAAGCAUACGAUCAUACACGACAGAUCAUUGGUCUAGUCGAACCACAAAGUGCCAGAGCUGUCGCCCCUCUUCUCGAUUCAAACAUCCACCUGAGAACAGAUGUGCGAAUUCCGCCCCAGCCCAAGAGGCCUGGCGAGGAGCCUGGUCAGCCGACCUCACGAUCCUUCGACCUCGAUAUUGUCAUGUAUGGACCAGUCAAGUACGCGAGGAAUGUAGGUACACAUCUGGGCAAAUUUGGCCAGAAGUUGACAGCCCCUUACCUUGUCCAAAAGGGUAUUCGAGUUCAGAAUCCUCACGUUCUCGAAUAUCGUCCUCCGCCCCCAAGGUCCUACCCACCUAACCCUACUCACGAAGGCCAAACUACUUCCUACGGAAGUACCAUUACCAACCGAACCGUGGAGGAGAUUCGUUCAGAAGUUAUGGGCGUGUUCGAUUCCCUUACACGAAACGAUGAUUUGCCCGAGAUGGAACCCAGUUCUAGCAUCUUGACCCCUUUGCUCAAGCACCAGAAACAAGGCCUGUUCUUUAUGAUGACCAGAGAGAAGCCUCGCGAGGCCCAAGCCGGCGAAAAGACUAUGGUUUCCUUCUGGCAGGACAAAUGGGGACAAGGUGGACAAAGGUUGUACUUCAACGUCAUCACUGGGCAAAGCCAAGCUAGACCACCGGCGGAAACUCGGGGAGGAAUCUUAGCUGAUAUGAUGGGUCUUGGCAAAACACUGAGUAUAUUGUCGUUGAUUAUGACUUCCGCUGAGGCAGCUUGUGCAUGGGAGCAACAGGCACCCGUCCAGCCAGAAGCACCGGAACAGAAACCGACAAAGCACGAAGUUCUGACGCAGCAGCCUACCCUUGCCCUGACGCCCUUGAUGCAAAAUGCAAAGACGACUUUGCUCGUCUGUCCCCUCAGCACAGUAACAAAUUGGGAAGAGCAGAUUAAGCAGCAUGUUCAGCCCGGCGCUCUUACCUAUCACAUCUAUCAUGGCCCCAACAGAAUCAAGGACCCAGCAAGACUCGCGACUUUCGAUCUUGUUAUCACCACAUAUGGCUCGGUAUCCAACGAGCUCAGUUCUCGUCGAAAGGGAAAGGAAGGCCAACAUCCCCUAGAACAGAUCGGAUGGUUCAGAAUUGUGCUGGACGAGGCCCAUAUGAUUCGCGAGAGCAGCACUCUCCAGUUCAAAGCCAUUUGCAGGCUGCAAGCGGACAGACGGUGGGCCGUUACCGGUACGCCAGUUCAGAACCGACUGGACGAUCUUGCGGCUCUCCUUGCCUUCCUUCGGCUCCAUCCUUUCCAUGAUCGAGCCAAGUUCCUUCGAUACAUUGUAGAGCCUUUCAAGGCAUGCGACCCCGAGAUCGUGCCCAAGCUACGAAUCCUCGUGGAUACAAUCACGCUACGCCGCUUGAAAGACAAAAUCAAUCUACCUCCUCGAGAGGACCUGGUUGUCAGGCUCGAUUUCAGCCCAGAUGAACGCAGUAUCUACGAAUUGUUCGCCAAGAAUGCGCAGGAUCGAGUCAAGGUGCUCGCAGGAACUCAUAAUGGAGGCCAGGCACUUGGCGGUAACACCUACAUACACAUUCUCAAGGCGAUUUUACGACUUCGCCUGCUGUGUGCACACGGCAAAGAUUUGCUUAAUGAUGCUGACUUGGAUACAUUACAAGGAAUGUCUGCAGAGAUGGCAAUCGACAUCGACGACGAUGACGAUGAUGACAACAAGCCAGCACUUUCCGAUCAAAAGGCACACGAGAUGUUCACCCUAAUGCAAGAGACCAACAACGACGCCUGCAUAGAAUGUAGCAGGAAGCUUGGUUCGAACGAGAGCUCCAAUAUCGAAGCAGAAGGACAGGAUGACAUCCUUGGUUUCAUGACACCUUGUUUCCAUAUUAUCUGCCGAACUUGCAUCAAGACGUUUAAGGAACGGGUGAAGUCGGUGACUACACCUGGCAGCAAUAGUGGAAACUGCCCAGUGUGUAAUGCAUACGUGAAACAUGCUUUCGUGCAGCUUCACCGAAGGGAGGUGGAUGCGGAGCAUGACGGUCCAGCCAAGCCAAAGUCUCGAAAUGCUGUCAAGAAUUUUGACAAAUAUGAAGGUCCUCACACCAAGACUCGUGCCUUGCUUGAGGAUCUCCUGAAGGCGAAAGCGGCGAGCGAGGCAAACCCCGACGAGCCCCCCUACAAGUCAGUUGUUUUCUCUGGCUGGACAUCUCACCUGGAUCUUAUUGAACUUGCCCUCAACGCCAACGGUAUUGUGUUCACUAGACUGGAUGGAAGCAUGAGCCGCACACAAAGAACCACAGCUAUGGAUAGAUUCCGAGAGGACAACACUGUCCAUGUGAUUCUUGUAUCCAUCAUGGCUGGUGGACUGGGCCUGAACUUGACUGCUGGAAACAGCGUAUACGUGAUGGAACCGCAGUACAACCCGGCGGCUGAGGCUCAGGCUAUCGACCGUGUCCACCGAUUGGGACAGAAACGACCUGUUCGCACCGUCCGAUACAUCAUGAGAGACAGCUUCGAAGAGAAAAUGCUGGAGCUUCAGGAAAAGAAGAGGAAGCUUGCCAGCCUGAGCAUGGACGGUCAGAACAGGACCCUAGACAAGGCGGAGGCGGCCAGGCAAAAGUUGAUGGAUUUGCGAAGUCUUUUCAAAUGA